AUGACCGCACUCCACUCACCCUCGCUGAGUGUCAACACCCACCUCAGCAACACCCACAAACCCACCGACAACAGACUCACAACACCCAUCAAGCAGCAGGCACUCGCCCGGAGCCAGCGACAGCCCAGCGCAAAGCCAACAGCCGACCUCAGAACACCCCCCAGCCAGACCACCCACAAAUCACCCACCACCACCACCACCCAGAACCCCCCUCCAGCCGGCACGCCCAGCAACCCUGCACUCGACGGCUCCAAAAAAUCAGCCUCAAAGGUCUCCCAUGUGAUCUGCAAGUUCUUCAAGGCUGGCAAUUGCUCCGCCGGCACCGGCUGCCAGUUUUCUCAUACUCUCCCCGAACUCGGCCAAGGCAAACCAGUCUGCCAAUGGUUCGUCAAGGGCAACUGCCGAUUUGCGCACAAGUGUGCUCUGGCCCACAUCCUCCCCGGCCAGCCCAUGUCGAUGGAUCGGAAAAACAAACGGGCUGCCCAGGCUGCCGCUCGCGAAGCUGCCGCCACCUCCGCCAAUCAGCCCUCUGACGCCCCUUUCCUAGCCAGCCCACCACCUGAACUCACGCUCGAGCUUGUCGACGAUGAUAAUCAUCACUCGUCAUCCAAUCACCUCAUCGCCCCCGAACCUAUCGACUCGCUCUCCUCUCCUGAUGUCAUCCACCGAUCCCGUCAGCAACUCCUUCGCUCGCCUCGCGCCCUUCUCAACGAUCUCGACCACGAGAACUCGAUCCAAAACGACGAUCUGCAAUUCGGAUUGCCCGACGACUUCGUCACUGCUGAGACCUCCCCGCCCAACGGCUUCUCCUCUGAGCGCCAUCACCCGCCCAGCUCUGUCGAGCGAGCCCGAGCGUGGCCCCGUGAGCAGAGCCCAUCUCCCUUCGGCGCUGGCUCGCCCUUCUCAGCCCCGGGCUCUCGCAGCGUCUUCCUCCCGCGAAUCGGCUCGUUUGGGUCGGAGGAUGGCUAUCCCCGAAGCGCCCCGUCGGUUGCCACCAGUCCCAAUCACCUCGCCCACCUGGCGAGCAUGAGCCAUCACGCAAACGACGAAGACAUGUGGGACGAGGUGGAAGUGGAUGGGGACGAGGACGUGACGGAGCUCUUGCCCUCCUCGUUGCACUCGCUCCUCACCCCCGCCGAGCGACACCGCCAACACAUCCGCAAACAUGCCCCACACACCUUGUACUCGCGCUCGGUGCCGGUCGAAGACAUCAUCGGUGCCAAGCUCAACAAGCAGAGCGAGCCCAGUGCGCUCCGGAACGGCAUGGCGAUCGCCAAUCCGCUCUCGGUCUCUCCCGCGCCGGGCUUCUGCCACGCGCCCUCCAACGAGACCAUCCACGCCGCGCACCACCACCUGUCGCCGCACCGCGAGGCCCACAGCCUGCGCCCGCAGCUCCCCACCUACCUCUCCUCGUCCUACAUUCCGCCCAGCACGCCCUUCGGCACCUGGGACCACAGCAGCAGCAGCGGCAGCAGCCACCAAGCCCCGCACGCCCACGCCGCGCCCCAAGCCAGUCAGCUGUCGCCCCCGAUCGCCCUCUCGUCCCACAAAGCCCUCGAACGCGCCGCCCUCUUCGGCCAUGCCCCCGGCUCCAGUCUCCCCCAGGGCCUGGCCGCCGGCCUCUCCCGGCUCCACUUCCAGCCGCCCCUGCCCACCGGGCUCACUCCCUGCGGCUCCCCCUCGGCCAACCCCCGCGACCACCCCCUCUCCCCGCCCCGCUCGCCCCCCUCCAUCAACAACAAGUUCCACGCCCCUCCCCCCUCCUUCCCGCUCUCCCAACGCAUGGCCGGCCUCAACUUCGGAUCCACUACCGUCGCCCAUUCGUCUCCCCUCAGUCGCAACGUCAGCUGCUCCCCCGGGCCCCUCGCUUCCCUGCAAGCUCUCGACGACGACGACGCCCCUUUCAGAUUGGAAAUGUAA